CGUAGAACUCGGAUACCUUCUACAGCACGCUCGGGAGCGAUGAUGUUGCUGUGAAGCACCGCAUGAAGCUCGACUACAAGCUCUUCAAGGGUACCUCGUUCCAAUUGAAGAAUGUUUCAGACGUGGACGCUGCCGCCGCGAAGAUCGCCAACAUGGAUAUGGUCAAACAAAUCUGGCCCGUCCGUGUCUUCCAUGUGCCCAAGGAUGAGGUUGUUUGGAAAGGCACCGACGGCCGCACCGAAUUCGUGCAAGCUGCCUUGAAGAAGCGACAGUCGAACGGGACUGACAGCGACACCUUCUCCACGCACGUUAUGACGCAAGUAGACCGUCUUCGUGAGAAGGGGAUCACAGGAAAGGGAACCAAGAUUGCAAUCAUCGACACUGGCAUAGAUUACCUUCACCCUGCUCUGGGUGGUGGUUUUGGCGCGGGCCACCUGGUGUCGUACGGCACUGAUCUUGUUGGCGACAACUACGAUGGUUUCAACACACCAGUGCCUGAUGACGAUCCGAUCGAUGAGUGCGAAGGCCAUGGAAGCCACGUCGCUGGUAUCAUCGCCGCACAGACGAACCCAUAUGGCUUCACAGGCGCUGCGCCUGAUGUCACACUUGGAGCCUACAGAGUAUUCGGAUGCGGUGGCUCCGCAGGAAAUGACGUCCUCAUUGCGGCAUACAACCAAGCCUUCGAGGAUGGAAGUGACAUCAUCACUGCAUCAAUCGGUGGAGCUUCUGGAUGGACAGAAGACCCCUGGGCGGUGGCAGUACAACGAAUUGUCGAGCAAGGAGUGCCCUGCACGGUAUCGGCCGGAAAUGAUGGCGACCAAGGUCUCUUCUACGCCAGCACGGCGGCAAACGGAAAAGGAGUAACCGCCAUCGCUUCUGUGGAUAACACGGUGGCACCUCAGGUCCUCACCAACGCAACUUACAGCACCAGUAACUCAUCGGCCGAAUCAUUCGGAUGGACUCCUGGUAGCCCUGCAAACUGGCCCAACAUCAGUCUUCCGCUGUGGAAUGUGAACAACGAUGCCACAGAUACCGCGAAUGGCUGUGAUGCAUACCCAGCCGACACUCCUGAUCUCUCCGAAUACAUUGUGUUGAUCCGCAGAGGAUCAUGCACAUUUGUUCAGAAGGCGACCAACGCGGCCGCUGCCGGUGCUAAAUACAUCCUUUUCUACAACAACGUUGCAGGACUCAUCUCCGUGUCUGCCGUCGUAGAUGGUAUUGAAGGAGCAGGCAUGGUGACGGCUGAGCAGGGUGGGGAGUGGAUCGCCGACUUGAAGAGUGGCGCAACCGUCACUGUCAACAUUGUCGACCCCAAGGUUGCCCCGAUCUACAUUGUUUCUUCGCCGAAUGUUGCCACUGGUGGAUUCCUCAGCACCUACACAUCCUGGGGUCCUACGUACGAAGUUGAUGUCAAGCCUCAGCUCGCAGCGCCAGGCGGUUUGAUUCUCUCGACGUACCCGCGCGCGCUUGGCGCCUACGCUGUUCUUUCCGGUACCUCGAUGGCGUGCCCUCUUGCGGCUGCCAUUACCGCAUUGGUUGCUGAGGUUCGUGGAACUUUCGAUCCGGUAGAACUUGAGAACGUCCUUUCGGCAACUUCCAACCCGAACCUCUUCAACGACGGAGCCUCAACCUACCCAUACCUUGCUCCUGUAGCCCAGCAAGGCAGCGGUCUGCUCCAAGCCUACGAUGCUGCAUACACCAAGACUAUCUUGAGCGUUUCGAGCAUUUCCUUCAACGACACGGCGAACCUCCUCCAGACCACAAACUUCACGAUCGAGAACACAGGCGACGAUGAGGUCACCUUUGAUCUCGCGAAUGUGGUCGCAGCUUCCGGAUACACUCUUGAGGCAGGCACUAUCUUCCCCAGCGUCUUCCCCAACGAGCUCACUGCCACCGGCGCUACUCUGAAGUUCAGCGAAGACAAGGUCACUGUCCCCGCUGGUGGCUCUGCUGUGGUCUCCGUCACUGUGACGCCCCCCACGCUCGACGCAUCACGCCUCCCCGUCUACAGCGGCUACAUCACGCUGAAUUCCACCAGCGACUCGCUGAGCCUCCCCUACCUCGGCGUGGUUGGCAGUAUGAAGAACGCCACCGUCCUCAGCGCAGACGAGACCCACCUCACGACCACUGCCGACCCCAACUCGGCACCCAUUCGCGGCAACACAACCUUCACCAUCCCCUCGAACAACGGCACCGCCCCCAACGGCACCGCCUACCCAGAGGUCUUCCUCGGCCUUGCGCUCGGCAGCCCCUACGUCAAGCUUGAGGUCAUCCCCCAGGGCGGCUAUGCCACCAACACAUCCUCGCUCGGCAACAUCUUCGGCUUUCCGCAGGUGUAUCUCCCACGUGGAGGAUCUCUGCCGGAGUUCAACGGUCAGCUCGAGGAUGGAUCGUUUGUCCCGGAGGGCACGUACAAGUUGAAGGUUAGCGCGCUGCAUAUUUUUGGCGAUGCGGCGAAGGAGAGCGAUUACGAUACCGUGGAGACUGUAAGCUUUGGUAUCAAGUACAUAUAGAGGAGGUGUAGAAGGGUACUGAGAUGCCCAUGACAUA